UAUGUUUUCUCAUUUCAACUUAUUGCACUAGUUCGGCGGUGCAGCGAAAAUGAACAGACCUUAUGGUUCCGACUAACCUGUAAUCGUGGAGCUGUGAUGAGUGUCGUUUCGUAUUGUGUUUUCUUUUCGUUUUCUUGAACAGAUUCAUACACGGGAAAAAAUUUAGAAAUCCGACAAUUAUGGCCGAAUUGCUGCUGGAUCCGAAUAUUCGCGGCUGGGUGUUUCUGCCUAUAGUAGUGAUCACGUUUCUCGUCGGUAUCGUCCGCCACUAUGUUUCGAUACUGCUCGCCUCGCAGAAGAAGGUCGAACUGCACCAGGUGCAAGACAGUCAGGUUAUGAUACGCUCUAGACUGCUCAGGGAGAACGGACAAUACAUACCAAAAGUAGCUUUCAUGACUAGGAGACAUUUCUUCAAUAAUGAGGAAACUGGGUACUUUAAGACACAGAAACGUGCUCCUGUUUCCCAAAAUCCAAUGACCGAUCCAAAUAUGAUGACGGACAUGUUGAAGGGAAACGUAACCAAUGUAUUACCCAUGGUACUGAUUGGUGGUUGGAUCAAUUGGAUGUUCUCUGGAUUUGUAACGACUAAAGUACCAUUCCCACUGACAUUGCGUUUCAAGCCAAUGUUGCAACGAGGUAUAGAGUUGGUCACGUUAGAUGCUGCGUGGGUUUCCUCAGCUUCAUGGUACUUCCUCAAUGUGUUCGGACUGAGAUCCAUUUAUACACUUGUGCUCGGUGAAAAUAAUGCCGCGGACACUGGAAGACUGCUGCAGGAUCAAGUGGCAGGUGCCGCGAUGUCUAUGCCUCCCGAUCCGAAAGCAGCCUUCAAAUCCGAAUGGGAGGCGCUGGAGAUUUGUGAGCAUAACUGGGCGUUACAGGGAGUGGACGCUGACUUAAUAGGUACCAAUUUAAAGUCGGACACAGCUGAGAAUGUAUAUCAAGGCCGAGCAAAUUGAUAUGAUAAAAUUGUAAAAAAAAUUCAGAUGAAGAAUCUAUUUAUUUAUAUCUUAAGUUGCAGUUUGCAGUAUCCGAGUCAGGAAUAUUGUUUUCUAAGUAAAUUAAGUGAUAAACAGAGUACAAUAACAGCGUUAAUUUUAACAACGUAAUAACGACAUUAAUCGCAAUUGCUAAGUCGAUAAGAAUAACGGUCUGUCACCAUAGAUUCGUAUUGUAUCUGAAAUGUGUAUAAAUCUAUAUAAAAAAUAUAAUUACAAUACAAUUAAUUGUGAUAAA